AUGAAAAACAUCUUUUUUAUUGCGUUUUUAUGUUGUACCAGUGAAGCUAAUACUGUGACUAGUAAUUAUCCAAUAAAUAAUCAUGUAAAUGUAGAAGAGGAUAAUCAGGAUACUAUUGUUAAAUUAAUUUUAAAUACAAAUAAAAAAGUAAAUGAAAUUAAAAAUUAUAUUGUUCGUGCAGUAUAUAGAUCUGAUUUAUAUAAAUUUCUUAGAACAGAGAAAAAAAUCGUAAUUCAUGCAAUUUCAACAAUUAAUGGAAGAAAUAUUAGAACUGAUAUAUACUUCUUAAAUCGAUUAGAAAAAUUUAUUCUAGAUAAAUUGUUUUCUACUGAUAUAAACUUGGAAAAAUUACAAACUUACAAUUUAUUUUUAAAUUACAUGUUUUAUUUUUUAAAAAUUGAGAAAAGACUGAGAAUUUCUUAUCAUUUAAGUUUCCAUGUAGAAAAUUAUAGAAAAAAUAUUAUGUUAGAUGAAAUAUUCAAAUCUUUAGAUGAAGCGUAUGUAAUUUGUCUUAGAUAUGGUAUUUUUAUUAAUUUUAAUUUAAUUAACCCGAGAAAUGUAAUUUUUAAUUUAAGUGAAUUACGAAAUAAUAUUGUUAAAGUUCAACUAGAGCUUAUUAAUUUUAUUUAUCAAAAAUUAAAUGAACAGUUUGUUUAUUUUAAUCAAAAUCGCAAUGAUUAUAUUAAUGAAAGUUUAAAUUACUUUAAAUUGAACAUUAGGGAUUUUUUGGAUUUAGUUUGA